AUGGAUCCCGCCGCCCCCUCCCCGAGCGGCGACCGCCCGGCGACAGGCGCGGCGGGGGAGGCGGAGAGGCGGCAGCGGCAGCGCGUGAAGCGGGAGGUGUGCGACGAGGUGGUGCGCAAGCUGCGCGAGGCGCGCCACCCGAGCGCGCAGUCCAGCGGCUUCGAUGCCGACCUCCUCGCGCACUUCAACCGCCUCCCCACCAGGCGAGUCGCGCCAUUCCCAGUUCCCGAUCUGGGGACCCUCUUCGCCGCGUUUCGCCGUCGUUCGCACUCGCACAUCCCCAUCGCCGGCAUGCGAUUGGUGGGACCCGUCGCACUGUCACUCUGUCUGACUCGUUGUGUGCUUGCCCGUGUGCGAUACGCGUUGGACGUGAACACGGAGCGCGCGGAGGACGUGCUGACGCACAAGCGGCUGCUGGAGGAGGCGGCGCGCCUGCACGGGCUGCCCGUCUUCUUCGUCCGCGCCGUCCGGAUGGCGGCAGCGGGCGGCGCAGCAGGUGCGGAGGAGGCGGGGCAGCACGCGAGCAUGGACACGGACGACCACCACCCCGCCUUGCCGCCCCACGGCGCGCUAGCGCCGCCAGCGUUCGGGUCGUCGCCGAAUCUGGACGCGCCGGUGGCGGGCGGCGGGCACGGCGCUGCGGGCGCCAUGGAAGAUGACCGCCCCAACUCGCUCAGUGCGCCGUACCACAACGUGCCCAUGCACGAGGUCACCUUCUCCACCUUCGACCGCCCCAAGCUGCUCAGCCAGCUGUCAGCAGUGCUAGCGGACGCGGGGUUGAACAUAAGGGAGGCGCAUGUGUUCUCCACGUCCGACGGGCUCUCCCUCGACGUCUUUGUCGUCGACGGCUGGCCCACCGAGGACGUGGUGGAUCUGCAUGCAGCCUUGGUGCGCGUGCUGCAGGGGGAGGAGGAGGAAGGGGAGGGGGAAGGGGAGGAGGAGGAGGAGGAGGAGGAGGAGGAGGAGGAGGAUUUUAUGUUUAGGGGGGCGGGGUCGCACGUGUCGGGGGCGGAGUCACGGGUACCCAUCCCCACGGACGGGCGGGACGACUGGGAGAUCGACAGCCAGCAGCUCAAGCUGCACCACAAGAUCGCCUCCGGCUCCUUUGGUGACCUGUACCGAGGCACGUACUGUGGGCAGGACGUGGCGAUCAAGAUCUUAAAGCCCGAGCGACUCAACGACUCACUGCAGCAGGAGUUCGCCCAGGAGGUGUACAUCAUGAGGAAGGUUCGCCAUAAGAACGUGGUGCAAUUUAUUGGAGCCUGCACCAAGCCGCCUAACCUCUCUAUAGUCACAGAGUUCAUGGUGGGCGGCAGUGUGUACGACUACAUUCACAAGCAGCGUGGCAGCAUGCGGCUGGGGAUGGUGGUGCGCGUGGGCAUGGACGUGGCCAAGGGAAUGGACUUUCUGCACAAGAACAACAUCAUUCACCGCGACCUCAAGGCUGCAAAUCUGUUGAUGGACGAAAACGAGGUGGUGAAGGUGGCGGACUUUGGAGUGGCGCGGGUGAAGGCGGGCAGCGGCAUCAUGACGGCCAAGACCGGCACGUACCGCUGGAUGGAGCCCGAGGUGAUAGAGCACCGCGCGUACGACCACAAGGCGGACGUGUUCAGCUUCGCCAUCACGCUGUGGGAGCUGCUCACCGGGAUGCUGCCAUAUGCGGAUCUCACGCCUCUGCAAGCAGCUGUCAGCGUGGUGCAAAAGGGCCUGCGGCCGCCCAUCCCCAAGGGCACGCACCCGCGGCUGGUGGAGCUGAUGGCGCGCUGCUGGCACACCAACCCCGCUGAGCGCCCCGAGUUCAGUGCCGUGCUGCGCCUGCUGGCUGACAUGGCGCACGAGCACUUCCUUCCUGCCCCUCGCUGCAUCUCCCUCUCUCCAUCCACCCCUCUCUCCAUCCGCCCCUCUCCACCUGCCCCUCCAUGCAUGUGCCUCGCAUGA